CUUUUCUCUCAUCUUUUACCGUUUCCUUUUUCAGAGAAUAAGUUUCUACAUCUCACACAUCUCCCUUCACUCAAAACCAAACACACCCACCUACCAACACAAAAAUGAAGCUCACCGUCCUUCUCCCCGUCCUAGCCGUCACGGCCGGCCUCGCCGACGCAACCUGCAAAUUCCAAGACGUCGGCGUCUUCAAGCAAAAAUGGCGCCUCUCCACCUACAAAUCCGAGAACUGCAUCAACAAAGCCUACGAUGUGACCAAGUCCGGGUGGGGCCCGCACUGCGUCAACUUUCCCAACAACGUGCGCUCCUUCAUCUUUACGGUCGGUGGCGGCUACCUCGGCGUCAACGCGGGUUGCACCAUUUUCUUCAACACGAAUGAUAAUUGUGGUGGCUCGGUGGUGGGGAGGAGCAAGUCGCAUUGGACGCUUAGCAAGCUUAGUGCGAAGGGGAGGACGAUGAAGAGCGCGUAUGUACAGUGUACGAAGUUGUUGAGGAGGGAGGAGGGAGAGGAAGCGGGUGCAGAGGAGAACCAGAAGGUGUAUAUUAGGGGUGAUGAUGGGGAGUGGUAUGAGAAGAUCUCGGAUACGGAGGUGGUUAGGGCGCCGGAGUUGGGGGUUGAGGAGGGGGAGCGGGUGGUGAGACGCUUGGUGGAUGUUGGUGCGGGGGUUGAGGAGAGGGAUAUUGAGGCGGAUGAGGAUGUGGAGUGGACUGCUGAACCUGAUGUUGAGGAUGAGGAGGUGGAGGUGCAGAAGAGUGUGGAGCGCGGUGUUGAGGCUGAGGAGGUGCAGGAGAUUGCAGCUCGUGAUAUCGAGGUUGAGGAAGUCGAGGAGAUCGCAGAUCGUGGUAUCUACGCCGAUGAGGUCGAGGAGAUUUCAGAACGCGAUAUCGAGGAGGACGAGGUCGAAGAGAUUGCGAAGCGUGAUGUCGAGGAAGACGAGGCCGAGGAGAUUUCAGAGCGCGACAUCGAAGCUGAGGAAGUACAGGAGAUUACAGCUCGUGAUGUUGAUGUCGAGGAGGAUGAGGACGAGGAGAUCGCGGACCGUGGUAUCUAUGCCGACGAGGUCGAGGAGAUUGCAGAGCGCGACAUCGAAGCGGAGGAGGUGCAGGAGAUAUCAGCCCGCGAUAUCGACGAAGAUGAGGUUGAGGAAAUCCCAGAUCGUGGCAUCUACCCCGACGAGGUGGACGAUAUUGCUGAGCGUGAUAUCGAAGCUGAGGAGGCACAAGAGAUUACAGCUCGUGAUAUCGACGAAGAGGAGGUGGAGGAGAUUGAAGAGCGCGAUGUCGAGGAAAGUGAGUUCGAGGAGAUUCCAGACCGUGGUAUAUAUGCCGAUGAGGUCGAGGAGAUUGCAGAGCGUGAUGUUGAGGCUGAGGAGGUGCAAGAGAUCACAGCCCGCGAUAUCGACGAAGAAGAGGUAGAGGAGAUUGCAGAGCGUGAUGUCGAGGAGGAUGAGUUCGAGGAAAUUCCAGACCGCGGCAUCUACGCCGACGAGGUGGAGGAGAUCGAGGUUUAAGAUGGUUAUUGGGAUUCAGCUGGGUAUGUGUGAUAGAUUUCUUUGGUAGACUUGACUGAGGGGAAAAUGAAGUGGCGAUGAGAAGGAGGGGGAAUUGCUAUAUUUUUGUACACUUGUUAUAUAUAUUGAAAUUGAACUUUAUUACGCGAAAUAUACACACUUAACCACCCACGAGCUCCAUAGAAAAGUUUAAUUAAGCUUGGAGGUGAACGUCGCCGCCAUUGGAGUACCGAGGCCUUCACGAUGAUGUUUCUUUACGGCCGUCUCCAAUUGGGGAACCGACACACGACUAACUCACGGGUCGGUCCGCCUGUCUGACGGCUCUCGUCCUGUUAUUGCUCUCGCAGCAAACUAAUCAUUCCGCGCCAAGUACUAGUAAAUUAUCAUGAGAUUUAUAUAUAUAUGAUACUUCGUAGUCUAUUAAAUAAAGUUUAUAAUACGGUAAUUUAAUGUUUCCUCGUACUUGGGUUGCGAAGAACCUCGUCGGCAACUCCGCG